AUGAAUCGGAAAUGGUUCGCCUGGCUGUUCACCCUGCUCAUACUCCACAAUGACGUCGUUCUCUCGGCCUAUCACUGGAGGAUCAGCGACGACGGAAAGAAGAUCGAGGCUGUGGUGAGCUAUUAUAAUGUAAAUACUUUAAAUUCGAAAAAUCGUCUACAGAUAGACACACCGUAUCAACUGAAAAUGUCCGGAUCACUGACCGACUUUCUGAAGCAGGUGGACAAUGUGAAAAUGAUCGGAGAGCACGUGGACGAGAUGCAGGGAAUGCUGCAGAAAAUCUCGAAAUACGAAAAAGUCGACAAUCCAAAGUUCGAGGACGACUUCCGGGAAAAGGAAGAAGCGUGCGUGUGAGUAAUUCAUCGGAAUUUUCAGUAAGAACCAAUACAUUCUUUCAGAAAGUCGCGCGGAAUAAAACUGGAGCCGGAGAGUUUCCACACAUCGUUCUCCGCGGAGCUCUGUCCGGAAUUCCACGAGUCGUACCAACAGUACACCGCCUUCGUGAAAGAGUUCUUCGGAACGCCGCCCGACAACGAUAAACGACCGCCGCGGUGCAAUUAUUGGUUCGAGGCGGUCAAAAUGAAGGGGCAGAACAACGUGGAUCUCGGCAAGAGUUUGAACGAGAAAGUGGGCGCCGAGGACGAGCUGUAUCUGAAAGUACUCGACAUGUACUUCCCGGACUUUGCAAAGUUCACACGCGGCUCGGAAGGAAUGUCUCGCUUCGGAAACAUGCUCUCCAGCAUGCUCUCCCACGCUGACGAGGUUUAACAAGCGCUCUUUGUCGAACUGGGAAUGAUUUUCAGAGAGUAUCCCGGAAUGCGUACCUGCACAUGGCCGCUGCCGCCUACUGGAGAGCCCAAGGAAAGAUCUCGUACGCGCUGACUUGUUAUGCGACCGGUAUCAAUUUCGUGUACGUAUUUCCCCAUUUUCUAUCAAAUGUGUGUCAUGUUUCAGUAACGACGAAAUACGGAACCCUCAGAUCGAUGCGUACCAUCCGGCUCACGCGGAGCAGACUGUACGACUCUCGAUAGCCACGCUAUUGAACAGGGGCGGCUAUUCUGUCGAAGCGUACAUUAUUCUUAAGGUAAACGGAAAAUGUGUUGUUUCAACUCAAAAAAUCUGUUUCAGCAACUAACGAAGACUCAUUUGUCUCCGUGCUAUCUCGGAAUGAUGUACGCCGCGACGGCCGACGCGUCAGUGCUGACAGGGCCCGAAGCGGGCGCCGAUCCCGAGAAAGAGCAGCCGACGAUUCAUCUGAAGUUGACGCAGAAAGAGCGGAACGGCAUUUUCAGCAAGACAUUUGAGAACUACGCGACGGCGGCUCACUUCUUCCAGGUUUGAACGGCCAACUCAUAUUGUUGGAGAAGUUUCGCAAGUUUUAGGAGGCGAAGGUCGAGCAGAAUCAGCCGGACGGUGAGAUUCUCGAUCAGUUCUUUGACCUCGGCGAGUCGAAAGCCUACGUGCUCUCGUGCCACAUGAGGCUCUACGAAGCGCUCGAACAGCAGAAGGAGAACCUCGAGGAGCUGGUGAACGAGAAGAACAACUUCCAGAGGUCGUACAACAAACGAAUCGACAUGAACGCGAACGUCGUUUCUUUGAUUCCAACGCGGGAAAUUCGCGCGAAUCAGAUAUUGUUCUACGAUCAAGUCAAGUAUGGACCGCAUCCAUGUGAGCCUUUUUUCGUGUAAUCGGUCUGGGGUAUCAACUGCUUUUCAGAUCGGAAAUGCACGAGAGCGCACGUGAAUCGGUUCCCUUCGUCGAACCAUCCGAUGAACGUAGUUCCCACGAUAUCUUGCCACCUGACGACAACGUCGGAAAAGUAUGACGAAGCGAUGACGCUGAUCCGUCAGAAGACGCUUCGAAACCGUCCGCCUGUCAACGAGACGUCGUGGAAAGUGACCGAAGUGUUCCCCAGGAAUCGGGCGUUCGAUAAAGUCCUUCUGGAUAUUGCGAAAAAUAGUCAGCAAAGCGGAUAUUUUCGGAUGAUUGAACCAAAGUUUACGAAUAAAGAGUAAGAUUUGGAUGUUUUCGAAAAAAAACAGAAGACAACGGAAUUUCAGAAUAGACGAAAGUAUCGACCGUUUCUGGAGACGGGCCGAUUGGCCGAAUUCUGUCGACUGCCAGGCGGUCGUCUCCUCGUCCAAUCCGUUCCGAAUCAACACAUUCCCGCAAGUGUUCAUCUCGCCGGAAAACAGAGGAUGGAUGUUAGUGACCUGCAAACUAUUUUCAGAUUUUACACGUACGUUUCAGAGUCUCCGAACUGCUGACGACCCAUCUCGGGCUGACGCCACAAGAGAUUCUCCCGCUGCCGUGGUUCGAGCCACGAUGCGAUUUUGUGAAGCGAGACGAUCUUCGCGUUUUCACUGGGGUACUCCAGUUUAGUUUACCGUUAUUGUUUCAUACUUCUCAUUUUCAGUUCGAAGGAAUCGAACGCCUUCUCAACCCGAGAUUUGAUCGGAGAUCGGAAGAAUUCGCUGAGAAAACGCUGAAGACUGACCUUGUUCGAUUGGGAGACAGAGCGAUGGAAGAGCACGAGAUGGGCGCGAGAAUACAUCUUCUCAUAAAACAUGUGAGUUAUCUGAAGAUUUGCGUCAAGACCUUAACUGAACACUUUUAGAACAUCGGUCCCAAAUGGGUGUCCAUGAACUUGGCCGGUCUGUACUGGAGAGUUCAGGGAAACCCGCACCAGGCCGCCAAAUGUCUGCUCGGCGCUUUUCUGGAUAAGGUAAGCAGUAGGCCUUUAUUUGAUAAAAUAUAAAACUGAAUUUCAGCCAGAAGAAUCAUUCAUCGCGAUUGUGCAACUCACUCAAGUGAUGUUGAGAACGACGCGAAUGGUGAACGACGCGCACGGAUUUCUGAUGCAACAGCUGAACCUUCUCGGCUAUAAGGAGCCGCUCUUCCAUUAUGUGCAAGGCAGAAUGAAGCUGCUGCUGCACGACGUGGACAAGGCGAUUCAACAUCUGAAAGACGCGAUGGACAAGGAUCCGGAGAACGACGUCAUCGGAGAAGAUCUGCUGAAGAUUGCGUGCAGCGGAAAGUCGACGAAAGCGGCCAUUUCCUCCAAAUUCCCGACCGUCUGCUGCUCGAUGGUCACUCAGAAUGCAGUGUGCAUACGAGUCAGUUCACAGACAUUCAUUCUGUCCGUAUUUUAAGAAUUUUAGCCCCGAAAAGACGCAGAGGAACAGUGUUACGUCGUCGAACCGUCGCCGAUUCUGAACGCGCCACCCCAACUCGUUUACCAUCGUUGCAACGGAAUAUACGACGGAUUCAGCAAGAAGACGUCCGACUACGCGAGCAUUAUCUCCCCGUUCCUCCUCGUUUUCAACACUGUCGUUCCGCGGAAUGACGUCGCCAAUUGGGUCAAUCAGGCCGAGGGAAUUCAGACGAUCGAGAGCAGCGAGAUGCCGCUCGACUACGGCGGAUGGAACAAUUUCUUUGCCGAAAGACCCGCGGAAUGGUGGGACGGCGCAAAGAACGAGAUGAAGUACGUGCUUCCGAUGAAGGACGACGAGCAGAUGGACGAGUGGGAAGAGGAGGGAUCGUCAGUUCUGGCCGCCAUUCCCGAGGUUUCUUUUUCUUUCUAAUUUCUUCUCAUCCCGUAACUCAUUCAGAAACCUCUCUCAUUCUUGUGGAUCCGCGAGAAGUCUAUGAUGAUGCAGUACGAUGCCCAAUUGCCCGAUCAGCUGCCGACCCCUUCCGUUCAUCAAAUCCGUCGCGGAAUCGCCAUCUUCCCGCCGCCACGUGUCGCCACAAUGUCGUGCAACGGAGUCUCCAAACUGGAUGUCAUGUUCGAUAACGCCCCCUCCACGUGGGUUUCGCUGACCGCCAAAGGAGAGGACAUCGAGAAGUACGUGGAUCUGCGGGGACCGAUGCCCGCCAUGGCGUCUCUUCAGCCGGUGUGUCCGAGCAUGGAAAAAUACAAGAACUCGCCGAUUCUCGGUCUCGAUCACAUUCCCGCGUUUGCGCUCAGCGAUCAAUUUCUGUUCUAUCAGCCCGAAAAGGCGCUCUCCGAGGCGUUGAAGUCGUUGGGAAACGAACGGGACACUAUCGAGCACGUCGCCGCCCGUCUUCACGCCGCCAUGCUCCACAGCAAUGCCAGUGAGUUUUUCUUCGUGAGCUUCAGUCAAAUACUUCAAAUUAAGGCAGAAAUGAAUAGAAUAAGGAGGGUUUCACGUGUAGAAAGAGAUAUUUAAGGCAAGGUCUUUUUGGUAAUUAAACGGUGUUUGAUUUCAGAAGACGGUCACGUCAGCUGGGUGCUCUGUGUGCUCUCCUCACUGUAUUGGCGAGUGACCGGGAAUGCGGAGAACGCAAUGAGCUGCCUCCGAUGCGCCCUCCACACCGCGCCGCCACAGAUGCGCGACGUCGGACUCGUCUCGCUGGCCAACAUCUGCCAUCAAGCCGGUCUUCUCAACUCGGCGCUCAUCGCCGCCGGUGCCGCCCUCAGCUCGUCUCCCCGCCUCGUCGCCAUCCACUUCACCCUCGGCAACAUUUACGCGUCGAGCGGAGACUACCAGAGAGCUCUCAACUUCUACUACUCCACACUGUCACUUCAGUCGAACUUCCAACCGGCAAAGGACAGAAUCCGUUCGAUUUAUUGCCACGCUGGCAAAGAUUUUGAGUUUUAA